AAUAUUUUAGUCUAAUAAAUCAACAAGAUAAUAUUAAGAAAAUUAGUAAGACAAUGGUAAUUUUAGUCUGGCCACAUGAUUUAAAUUUUAACAUAACACAUAACGGUCAUAAUUACGGGCCAGAAAUUUCAUUAGAAGAUCUUAUUAGAUUUAGUGAUUUGUGAAGAACUUGAGAUGACGUCAUAUAUUUCUAUUUAAGAACACCACACAUCUCUCUCUCUCUCUCUCUCUACCUUCUCUCUUAGGUACACUUUACGCUCAUUCUCUCUCUCCUCUCGCUCUCUUUUCUUUCUUCUUCCCCAGCUUUAGGUUUCUUGCGUACAACGGUACAAAUUCUUUUUAAAAUUUCUCCUGUCUUUCAGAGAAUCGAAGAAAAUGGGUAACUAUGAUGAUCCUAGGGUUUCAGAGUCGAACUUCGAGAUGUUGUUACAUGUCGCUGCCAUGGUUUACGAUCAAGAGUAUGGUACUCACGAGGACGAGAAAUCAAAGACCAUUGACGAAGAAACAGAGAUAGAAGCAAGAAUCUUUGGAGAUAAAGUACCGAGAAAGAACAGAACCCACCGAUCAUCUCCUUCUUUUCGCAAGACGCGUGCGAUCGAACAACAGAGAUCAUCGGAACUACAAAACCCUAAUACCGAAUCGGAACCUUCUUCUUCAUCUUGCGUUACCCAGUUCAAGAAACGUCUUCACAUGAACACCAUGGAAGAGAGAAGUCUCAAGAAACCCAAAAUCGAUGGUCCUUUAGAGGUGGAACCAAUUCAAACGACACCACCGGAUUGGCUUUUGAACGUGAUGAGGAGAGAAGAGAACGGCUACAAUCCAAAACUGAUCUCAACGAGGAAACUGUUUAAGACUGACCUCGCCAGUCUUCAAGCACGUCUCUCAGUACCUUUUAGGCAAGUGAAAAAUCCAGACUUUUUGACAGAGGAAGAAACAAGAAUCAUAAAUGAACAAGCUUUGAAGAUUCGUAAAGAAGGUGUGAGUGUUGAUUUGGUGGAUCCUUUGUUGAAGAAGCAUGUUCUUGAUCUGAGGAAAUGGAAGAUGACUGGAAACUGGUAUUAUGUCUUUGUUGAUGGUUGGAAAAAUGUGCUUGCUGCUAAUAGCUUUAAAGUCGACGACUUUUUUCCUCUUUGGUCUUUCCGAUCGGGAAAAGGUAAACUCUGUUUUGCUCUUGUCCCUCCUACGGCGAGCCACGAGGGCGCCUCUACUUCCGGCGAAUGUAGCCACGGAAACCCUCUUCUUGACGACGAUUCUGGCCACUGCGCUGGUGAAUGUAGCAACGGAUGCUCUUCUUUCCGAGAUUCUCCGCCUCUCUGACCAUGCUCUGUUUAUCGCCAGAGGAUCACACGUACAAUACAAAAAAAGGAUCUUCAUUUCUGUCAAUUCUUGGUUUCUUUUGGCCUAAAGGUGCAGUUUUUCUUAGGAAAUGUAAUUUGAUUUUGGUGCAAGAUUUAGGGUUUUUAGUCUUCGACACUUAUUGGAAUUGUCGUCAGAUAUUAUAAACAGAGUAAUGAAAGAAAUUUUUGUUUUUUGCU